UUUUUGACCAGACGUAAAAAAAACGCGCCUGGUUUAUUUUACAGCGUGCGAGUUAGUUGUGGAUUUGUAGCUCAGAGGUUUGUUGUUGACUUUGAUUAAUCGGAUCAAAUGAAAAAGUACCAAUCCGUUUUUAAUGGCGUUGACAGCUAACUAACGAGGGACAACUAAAGCCAUCAUUCUUUGGCAUUUUUGGAAAUAAGUUUUGAAGUUCAAAUGUCUCUGUUUGUUGUUGACAGAUAUCUUGGAGAAGAAGAAGAUGGAAGAGUCUCCAAAGAGUCUCAGAGUCAGGUGCUGCUGGCUAAGCUGCAGCAGAAGGUGAAACAGAAGCAGAGACAGAGUCUGACAGAGCAGAGAGAAUCUGCGCAGAACGAACAAACAGAGCAGCAGGACGAUAAAAACAAAGAAGACGCAGAUAAAAACAGCAGUAAAGAUCAUCAGGUCCGCAAGAAGAGAAAAUCCAAAGUUGGAGCUGUGUGUGAUUCAGACCUUGACAACAGUGCUGCAAAGAAGAAGAGGAAGAAGCAGUUAGCUCAAGAUGUUUCUUCUGUGAGCAGAAGCAAUGAAACAGAGGACAAAAGAGCAAAAGACCUGGAAGAGUCAGAAAAAGAUUCAUCAAAACCAAAGCCAGAGGAAACUUCGUCCCCAGCAGGAUACACUGUUCUUGGUGGAUUUGACAGCAAAGUCCUUCAGAAGGUGCACAGAGUUCUUCCUCAGUGGCUCGCUGAGCCCGACGUCAUUCACAGAGACAUUAAAAGCAACCUGACACCCAUUUCUGCUGUGCCAGGGGUUUGUGCUCAGCUCCUGAAAAAACUGGAGGAUAAUGGAAUUCAUCACUUCUUUCCCGUGCAAGCGGAGGUGAUCCCAGCCAUCUUGGAGGGUGCACAGCAUGGUCUGCUAGUUGGUGGAGGAGGCUACAGACCCAGAGACAUUUGUGUAUCUGCACCAACAGGCAGCGGCAAGACUCUUUCAUUUGUCAUACCUGUUGUACAGGCGCUGAUGCAGCGAGUGGUGUGUGAAGUCCGGGCUUUGGCUGUACUCCCAACCAAAGAGCUUGCCCAACAGGUUUACAAAGUUUUUGCUUCUUACGCUGAAGGAACGCCACUAAAAGUGUUGAUGCUGGCUGGCCAGAAGUCUUUUGCUGCAGAGCAGGCGUCGCUCUCGGAGCAAAGAGGGAGCGUGAGGCGCAGUGCCGCAGACAUCAUCGUGGCUACGCCGGGUCGUCUGGUCGAUCACAUUAACAGGAACUCAGGCUUGUGUCUGAAGCAGCUCAGGUUUCUUAUCAUCGAUGAGGCCGACAGGAUGAUUGACAGCAUGCACCAGUCGUGGCUCAGCCAGGUCGUAACGGCGGUGUACGGCUCGGGAGCUGAAACGGAGGCCACAAGCCUCUUCAGAAGGACAGAAGUAGCGUUUAUCACAGCAGCCAGUCUUUCUCCACCCCAGAUGCCACUGCAGAAGCUGCUGUUUUCAGCCACGCUCACUCAGAACCCCGAGAAGCUGCAGCAGCUGGGCCUUCACCAGCCCCGCCUCUUCAGCUCCGUCCACAGCGCGGCAGCAGGCCCCACCCAGAAACAAGAUCACUUCCACUUCCCUGAAGGUCUCACGGAGUAUUACAUACCCUGUCAGAUGAGCAAGAAGCCCCUCCUCAUCCUCCACUUCGUCCUGCGCAUGAAGCUCUACCCCAUCCUCUGCUUCACCAACUCCAGAGAGACCGCUCACAGGCUGUAUCUGCUAGUGAAGCUCUUUGGUGGCGUUCAGGCGGCGGAGUUCUCCUCCAGACUCUCUCCUUGGGAGAGGAAGAAGACACUGAAGGACUUUGAACAGGGAAAGAUCCAGCUGUUGAUCAGCACCGAUGCAGCCGCCAGAGGCAUCGAUGUCACCGGGGUGAAGUGUGUUAUUAAUUACGACGCUCCGCAGUACGUUAGGACGUACGUUCACAGGGUUGGAAGAACGGCAAGAGCGGGAAAAGCAGGACUGGCCUUUACUUUUCUGCUCAAAGUACAGGAGACAAAUUUCCUCCAAAUGGUGAAGGAAGCAGGAAGUCCUGGGAUUCAGAAGCAGCUGGUUAAGCCAGAGAACCUAAAAAGUAUGGAGGACCGGUAUGAGCAAGUACUGCAAGAACUAGCUGAUGUUAUCAAGGUAUGGUCCCAAGUAAAGGAAUAAUAAUGAUUUCAGCCAUCUUUAAUUACAUUCUGGUAAAUAAUGCCCGUUUUUUCUUUCUGCAGGAUGAGAAAUCCAGAUGUUAAAGCAGCUGCUGACAUCACACGUUUUAUUUUUCUAUACCAGAUUCAAAUGUUGUAAUUAAACACAAAAUCCAUGUAUGAUAACCAGUUGGGACAAUAAAUGAGAAAGAAAACCCUAA